GAUCACGCGCGGCCGCCCCCGCCCCCGCCUCCGCCUCCGCCUCCCGCUCGCCCUUCCUCGCGCCGCUUGCGGGCGGCGUGUUUGUUGGUCUCUCUCUCUCUCCCGCGUCCCGCCCGAGCAGAGGUUUGGUUUGGUUUGGUUUUUGGUUGGGUUGGCGAGCGAGGGAUUUGGGUUAGGGCUGGAGGAGGAGGAGAUGAGAGAGGCAUCAGGCAUGUCCGGGGGAGAAGACGUCCGCAAGGUUUCUCGCCAGGACAUACAGCUCGUCCAGAAUCUCAUUGAACGAUGUCUCCAGCUUUAUAUGAACCAGAAAGAAGUGGUUGAGACUCUAUCUUUCCAGGCAAAAAUUGAGCCUAGUUUUACUGAGCUUGUCUGGCAGAAACUCGAGGAAGAGAAUCGUGAGUUUUUUAAAGCAUACUAUGUGAGACUUAUGCUUAAGAAUCAAAUAAUGGUAUUUAACAAGCUCCUUGAGGAUCAGUAUCGGCUCAUGUGUAAAGAGCAGCCUUCUGGAGUACCUUCUAUGCCUCCUACUACUCCUAAUGGCUCUAAUGUAGGCACAUUGAAUCAAAAUAUGUGCUUUUUGCCUGACACUACUCCCAGCACUGCAAUGCCAGAUAGCUUGCUACGCAAUGGUAGUUCCAGCGGUAUAGUAAAUGGCACUCCAUCCAGUGACCAAUUCAUCUACACUGGUAAAGUCAUUCAAGGCCUUCCUAGCAGUAUGGAUGCUUCCACUAGUCUACUGGCAGCACAUAAUUCAACUGCCGGGAGGUUCGAUGGAGACAAUGGAACAAUGAUCAAGACAGAAGCAAGCUACUCAGGCAACUCUGAUUUUGCUUUCUGCAACGAGAACACUUUCCUAGAACCUUGCCAGUCAAUUGGGGACGCAUCCGGUGGAUCCUUUAGCAGCUCUGAGCUGAAUGGACAGCCACUAGGUGAUCCAAUUCUGGACAUGGACUCAUCAUCUUUUGGUUUCUUGAGCCAGAUUCCUCGGAAUUUCAGUUUUUCAGAUUUAACUGAAGACUUCAGCCAAAGUGCAGAGAUACUGGAGAAUUAUGGCAGAUCCCCUUUCAUCCCUUCUGAGACAAAUAACUUCUCAGAGUCUACUCCUGGAGAACAUACAGAAAUAGGAAAUAGACGGCUAGAUACCAUAUCCGAGGGUGUUAGUUAUGAAGAUUUUGGAAGCGAUUAAUCAGAUAUUGAUGGUACUGCUUAAGGUAACCAAAUUUUAGGUUGAGCAGAGUGGUGCAUCACUUUUGUACAUAGUAGUUUGGGCAAGCGAGUCUCUAUAUUCAUGGCCAUGGAACUCAGCUAAUUUCGUGGAAAUUAUUGCUUUGUCAGUUUUAGGUAUUGUUCUGUUGCGGACUACCAGCUUCGAUGACUCGUACGAGAAUAUUUCAUGGCCUAAUAAUGUGUCGCAUUGACUGAUGCAAGAAACCUGUGUUCGUAUACCAUUGCUGAUGAUAUUGUAGAAGUUAGUAUUAGCCGUGGUUGGAAGCUCUACAUUAAACAUUUCGUGCUGUUGCAGUUCCUGACUUGCUGUGUAGCGUGUACAUGAUGGUUAAUUAAAAUUUUCAUUGUGUUGUA